GUACCCGGACGAGGACCUCUGGCACGAGAGGCUUCUUUGCGGGCGCGUACGGGCGGACGGGUGGUCAUGGGUGGUCCUGACACCGACUGAAGACCAGCAUGAGGAGGACUUUGUGGACGCCGCCGAGAUCUUGGCCUGUGGGCCAAAGGGCGGCACGCCAGUGAAGUUAUACGGCAAGCACUUGUUCAAGAUGGAGCACCGCUCCAACAACCACUACGCGGACUACAUGGCGGCGGGGCUGAAGCUGGCUGAUGAGUUGGUCAGCGCAGGAGGCGGUGGUCCUGCCCCUCCUCCUGGGGCGGGGCCCUGGGCCCCCUUGGCCGACGUUGACAUGGAGCGCGACCCCGCGACCAAGUGGAUCACGCUCGAGUCCAGGUUCGGCUACGCCGCGGGCGACCCGAUCGACGUGGUAGGCCAGCCCUUCUUUUGCUCGGGCGAUCGUGGCGUGCUGGAGCUGGCGGACGGGCCCAUUGCUGUGGGCAUCUCCGACACCGCGGUCGCAGGGCUGACGCCACGUGCGGGGCCGCUGGACAUCCGCCUGCUGGGGACAAGUUCGGACACGACCUUCAUGCGACAGAGUUUUGCCCAGCGCGCCCAGCUCCUCGAGACUGGUGACAACCAGAGGUGGACGGCGCAGGGGCCCCCGACCAUGCGUUGGGUCUGCCUCGCGCACGUUGAGGGCAACACCACGCCCAAGCAGCGACACUUCUGGUGGCGUCAGGUCCUGGGGCUGGUGUCAACAGACCCCGGGGUCGAGGAGCAUAGUUUCUUGUGCGAGCUAAUCGAGACCGCUGUGGCGAGGGGCGGCAUCAACGUGGCGGCCCUGGAAUCGUUCGAGCCGGUGUCGAGGCGCUUCCAGCUCUGGGAGGAGUUCUACGUGGAGGCGCUUCGGAUCGCGGAGGCCGGCGACCACGGGGAUGACCUGGGCGAGAGGAGGCUCUUCCUGGGGAACCGCCGGAGCAAGGGGCUCGCGAUGGUGUCGCCGGAGUUGGAGGAGCACGUUGCCACGAAGCUGCAGGAGGAGAGUGCGGUGCUCAAGGAGCGCCGCAAGGGUCGCGAGGAGCGGAGGCUUGCUCGCGCGGACCCGACGCGCCCAUCUACUUCUUCGGGCUCUGGCGCCGCGGCAUCUGGUGCCCAGCAGCCCCCGCAGCAGACCCAGCCUCCAGUCAGGAACUGCGUGGAGGGGUUGCUGGACUUGUGCAGCCUCGCCCACGUCGGCUCCGACAGCUGCGUGCACAGGGCGCCGGCUAUGGACGUCAACUUGGGCAAGGGGGGCGCCGACUACGGGCAUUUCCUGGGGGGGCUGUAUAACCUUGGGGCUAUCGAGGUGUGCGAGUCGCCGCAGGAGGUCUGCGGGCUCUUCUUCGUUCCCCGCAAGGAUGGGCGACUACGUCUUAUAUGGGGCACGAGGCGCUCCAACGCACGCUUUGAGGUGCCGCCCUUCACCGCAUUGCCGUCUGGGGAGGCUCUGGCUGCUCUUGAGAUUGACGAGUCGAUCGCUGGGCAGAGGAUAGUGGCACCUAGCGCGGAUGUGGAGGUUUGCUUCUAUCAGUGCGAGCUGCCGUCCAACCUCCGCCCGUUCUUCGCUCUUCAGUCUGUUGACCUUCGGUUUCUGCCUCGGCGUGUGCGUUGCCAGGUCAGCCAGCAGGCCACCAACGGCCACAUUCAAUUUCAAUCUCGCGUUGUGCCCACGGGAUGGGCCUGGGCCGUGCACCUCGUGCAGCAGGCGCACAUGUCGUUGCUGAAGGAUGUGAGGCCGCUCGACUCCUGGGUGCUGGACAAGGUGCCGACGGGGCCGAUCAGCGCCUCGCACUUGGCUAAGAUACUCUACAUCGACAAAUUUGCGUCCAUCGGCCCCACGCGAGCUCGGCCAGACGCGGCCACUGCUGAUAUGAUCACGUUGUUGGCGGAUGCCGGGGUCAAAGCUGACAUGAGCCCGAGCUCGGGGACGUUUGGGGUGCACGACCUUCUUGGCUUCUCGUUGGUCGAACACCGGGCCGCUUGGACCCUCAGCGCUCGCAAGUUUUGGAAGAUCAAAGGGGCUCUGGACUACGUGAUUUCGUCCAGUCAGGGCUUCGCCGUCGCGGAGAUGGAGCGGCUGCUGGGACACUUGGCCAGCUGCUUCAUGCUCCGACGCGAAUUGCUCUCGCUCCUGCACGCGUCGUACACCUUCGCCCAGGAGACCAUGCUGCGACGGGUUCCUCUCUGGCCUUCGGUCCGCAAGGAGCUCCGGUGGUGCCGCGCGUUGCUGCCGCUGGUGACCGCGGACGUGUCGCGGCCUUGGUCUCAUUUGAUCACCUCUUAUGAUGCAAGUCCCUGGGUAUAUGGUUUUUGCGAAACGUCAGUCUCGGCAUCGCAGUCGGGGCAGAUCGGGCGGCUGAACGACAGAUCAAGGUGGAAGGGGUUGUUGGCUACCAAUCGACGGCCUCGGGACGACCUCAUGGAUCUCGGCGAUGUCGAUGAUGAUUUCAAGAUCCCACGAGAUCGGGACACGAUCCUCUCGGCUGGUGCGGUCUCGGGCUUUACCGAGGUCGAUCCUGAAUUUCUGAGAGACGCCGCCUGGGUCACGGUCGCAGCCAGGCCUUCGUUCGGGGCGCUGGUGGCCGCUGGGGAUCCUGCGGGGUCAAACGCUGCCACCCAGCCGCAGAGCGAUGUGCCGCUCGCCUGGCCGCGCGCGUCCGCCUCGGCGCGCCGCCGGGGCUCGGGCCUCCGAAAGCAACGGCAUCACGUGGAAUUGCAGCGACUGCUACAUCGUUGGGCGCCUCGUCUUACUGGCUUGCAGGCCAACCGCAUUCGCCAGGCCGCGCAGCUGGCCUACCUGGGCAUCCUCGAGCAGCUGGCCUUCUUCAUGCAGUGCCAAGAGCUCCCGCGCUUCUCGGCCAAGGUGUGGGACGUCACCCUGGUCGACUUCAUCGAGGGCCGACGCGACGAUGGGCACUCAAGCGAGGCGACCGUCAAGGUCCUCUACGCGCUGCCGUGGGCAAGCCGCCUACGCCAUCGCCGCGAAGCUGCUGGACUAUGGGCAAGAGAGGGCUGCACUGGGGUGGGGUGCUUGGUCAUGUUCGAGACCUACUGCCGCGUCGGGGAGUUGCUCGCGUUGCGAAUGUUCCAGAUCGUGCCGCCCGACCGCCACUCGGCGGGGGCGGCAGGCUGCCCCGCCAUUGUUCUCAAUGCCUCGGAGCUCCAGGUCCCCUCCAAGACAGGGGAGAUGGACAGCAGCAUCGCCUUCGAUCUUCCAGAACACCGCUGGGUGGGGAUGCUGCUGGUGCUGCUCAAGGAGGCCUUCGCUUCGCAGCCCAUGGAGCACGUGGUCAAUGUCUCGUGCACUGUCUUCCUGUCGCUGCUCGAUCGAUCGGCUCAGGAUCUGGGCAUUCAG